AUGGGCGUAUGCGCGCUCGUGAUUGCGGCGACAGCUGAAGUCGCAGUUGUGGCUAGUCUCAGCAUCCUGCGGGGUAUAUGGAUGACAGUGAUCCAAAAUGGAUCGUCAGUCCACCUCGGGCUGGCGGCUAGCCUCCAUGCUGUGCUGCGACAACUUGGCGCAGCCAUACUUCCUGCGCUUAUGCUAAAGACCAACUUCACCACGGCGACACGAUUGUUCUUAUUUUUGCAUGCUUGUUUUCUCCUUCUCCUUUCUGUCACUGUGGGCGCCGACUUGCCCUCCUUCUACGCGGCACACGCCUUGACAGGCCUGGUUUCCUGUACAGCUGCGUCCUUGCUCAACUGGUCGCUGCUCACUUCACGAGAUCCGGAGGAACAGCUGCAAGACUUCUCCAACUUCCAAAAAGCGUAUUCAGUGGGACCGAUAUUCGGGUCUGGCAUCUGUGCCGUCUUCUUCAUCGGCUAUGAGCUAUGGGCGCGAGAUGUUGCUCUAGUCCGAGCGGUGGCCACCGCUUCUGUAGACACAGUUCGGGCGGUGCUGGGCAUCCAGGGUAUCGUCAUUGCGUUUGGCUUUCUUGUUCAGUUCACCGCGCCGCACCCUUCGCGCUGUGUAUCAGUCCGUGCGUAUACGUACGAAGAUCUCAUGGAUGCGCUGACUCUCAGCAAGAACUGGGCCGAUGACAGUGGCGAAAAAGAAGCAACUGAGGCCACAUCUGAGCAAGAGAAAAGGCGGGUAUCCCUGCAGGCAGGCAUGCCCAUUCUGAAUGUGACCGACGACGGCAAAAGAAUAACGCGCCACCUCACUGGACGGUUCGACGAAGAGAAGACGACAGCCUUUCACAAGCCUAGGGCAGACAAGACGAUAUUCGACCUGGACAGCGAGGACGAGCAGGACCAGUCUGAUAGGAGCGCAGAGAGCGACGACUGCAGCAGCAGUUUCUCUUCUAGUGUCGGCUCCUGUACUUACAACGUCGACUGCGAUAGAGACUCGGUGGAAUCCUCACAUCUCACAAGCUCCCUUUCGUCAACAAGUUCUCGUCGAACUGAAGCUGUCGCGGACAGCCCCAAUCAAACGCCAGACCGGAAGGACAGGCACGGGGCCGAAUACAUGUCCGAAAUGCGUUUCACGACCGACGCCGCGUUGAAGUCAACUCCUGCCGUUACAGCGGAGAGUUCAAAAACUGAUCUCUUCUUGUCUGCCUCGGGACCGUCAGCAAACAAUAUUGUACACGCAGAGCGGCCCCAAGACAAUGAUAAUAAAGUUUUGCCCAGAGGCCAGGUCAAUGGCUGCAGACCAGGCACAGCAGACGGAGGGUGCUCUCUAACAUACGCGACACAGCAGAGCGGCACUGCAUCAACUCCCGGCGAUGCAGAGCAAGUCAAACAGGUGGCCCUCCUUGCUUUCGGCGGAAUGGGCCCUCUCUAA